GAAAUCAUGCAGCCGUUUACGACAGUUCGUAACAGUUCGCAGGUAAACGCGGAACGUGCAGGUGCUUCCGGAGUUUUAAGAGAAGUAGCGUGAAGUAUUUCUUUUGCAAUCCCUUUUUCUCCUAAUCGGCAUCGAAUUACGUGUUCCGCGCUAAAGGGUUCCCGUGAGGAUACCUGAUCCCGGCGGAAGCUUAUCCACGUAGGGAAGCCUGUGAAAUAGUAGGACGAUAGAAGAGGACCUCUCAGUCGUUCACAGUACCUGAGUACGCUAGGUACAUGGGAGAGAUAGAGUGCGUGUUGCUCAAUGCAUUUAGAUUUAUAUCAGUGAUUCUUUAUGUAUACCAAUGAUCAUUGUGACGAUCAGAAAUUAUACGACGUAAAAGAGAAUUUAGAACGCACCUAGUGGCGUUAUAGGAUAUUCUCACGGGUUGUUACGACAAAUUGUGUUUUUUAUCGAUAGUAGGAGGCGCAAGGGUCUUAAAGGACAGAGCAGUGGUCCGUAUCCCGGCGAUUGGAGGUCCAAUUUUGUAUCAGAAGGGAGAUAAAAAAAAAAGUGGACACUGUAAGUGGACGAUGCUGUCAAUAAAGGACGAUCGUCGUGCGUCGUUUUAUAAAUUUUAUUAACGACUUUCCCUUGGGAUUACGUGAAUCUGUUGUGUAGUGAGUUUAUAAGUGUGUUACUGUGUUACGCGAAGAAGAAGUAGGCUGAAUAAACGGCAAUGACGGAUCUAUUGAUCGGGAUAGCCGGCAACGGGUUCCCGGGCCCGGGUCCCACCGUUGCUAACGGGAAUGUCGUCUUCAGGAAUCCGCCGACUGGAUCGGCUGGAAUUUAUAGGAAUUCAGAGAUGAGACAUUCGAGGAGCGAGGAUCUCCUGGGAACAACUACAAGGACGCCGAGUCCAUUAUUAACAACUGCAUCCGAGGAUGACCUGGUGGCUGCAACUGCACUUCGUGAUUGCAGUCCGUGCAGUCCAUGUCCUCCGUGUCCUUUGCCAUCCAGGUCGGCUGGAUCACCUGGAGCUUUAGCAGAUCACAUUGAUCCUGGGGAUUCGAUCAGAGAUAUCGUAACCGAAAAUGAUCUUUACAGAUUCGUCCUGUUCAAGAGGCAUUACGACAAAUACGUCGCUCUAGCAGCAAGAUACGAAGAGGCACGUGGAAUAGCCUAUUACCUUGAGGAAAGAUAUCACGAAGUCAAGGCCGAGAGGAAUAAGAUAGAAGCAGCUAGGCAGGCCCUGGAGAAGAGGCUGGAAGGAUGCGAGGCUGAACUGCGCGAUAAGGAAGAGGAGCUGUUCAUCCAAUUGGAAAGGAGCCUUCGUCUAGAAGACGAGGCAGAGCGUGUACGUGCUGAUCGUGAUGCCUGUAUAGCCGCCCGGGACCGUCUCGAAUGCGAGCGCGCUGCUGCACUUCGUCAGCUGCAACUGCAGGCGUCGCAGAAUGAAAUAACCAGGAGGUCGCUUGAACGAGCACGGCAGGACGUUGUGCGACAGGCCACGGUGAUUCGAGCCGAGCGCGAUGCCCUGGAACGGGAGAACGAGAUACUGAAGGAGAGAUUGAGAGCCGAGCAGGGAGAGCUGGGAGCUGAACGUCGUCGUCGGGAGGAAGGUGUGGCGGCCCUUAGUCAUGAAGCAACUACCCUGAGACACGCCGCACGUCAUCUCAGAGCUGCUACGCUACAUGCAACAUCCUGCCGACGUAGACGACGCUGUUCCGUAUGUCUAUACGCCAAGCGCACCUUUGGGGAAGUCGACGAGAUACGGGACGAGAGUCGAAUAUCUCUUUUCAGUGGGAAGCUCUUCAAGUGCCUUCAAGCACCUUUACAGGAUUUGCGCACCUGGUUGCGUCCGAGUACGCCAGCAGCUUUACCACCCUUACGAACCAGUUCACCCUUGGAACAUGGUAUCAGCUACAUAGAUGAUUCUAGCAGCAGCUCCGAGGACGAGGCCUUUCCCAGCACUCCGGUUGCCGAAGUUUCUUUAUCCUCAGCCAACUCUAGUGCUCCACCAACUGCUAGAGCAUUUUCAUCAGACUCCGGAUUCUCAUCCGAGACUGGAGAUCGCAGAUCAAGAUCUUACGAGGGUGGUGGAAGCAGCAGAAAAAUCAGCGAAUCAUCAAGCAGCGAACUGGAUGGCUCCAGAGCAGGCGGCUUCACUCGCUCCAGAUGGACAUCAUCCUUUCGUAAGCUACUCGGUCGUAAAUCCAAAGCCAAGUCCACCACUGCCAAUCAGUCGUCCUAAAUGGCCUUUGCGUUUAGAACGCCUGUUUACUCUUUAAUUGAUACUCCCCUCAUCCACGUUAUUAUAUAAUGGGAAAAACAAAGUGCUCGAUUAUAAGGUUUAAAGUGCUCAAAAUGUAAAUUCAUUAUCGUCAUUGACUCGCAGGUAGACUCGCACGGAUUACGAUAAUCUGAGAAAACGAGCUGCAAUAGGAUUUGAAAACUCAAAGGCGAAUUCUCAAUCAAUGCGAAUCGCCCAUAACGGUUUACAAUAGUUCUACUCCAAGGUUAUUGAUCAUCUCUUUCCUAUUAAUAUACAGAUGCAGGAAUUUCUUGAGCAGAUAAUUAACAGAGAGCAAUCAAUACAUGCUGCUUGUAAAAGAAUUUUUUCAAUAUGUUUCGUUCACUUGUCAAAAAUAACUGUGAUACGAAAAACUUUUGUAUGCCCGUUAAAGGGGCAAGUACGUAUCUGCUCUCUGCGUAUUCUGUUUUCAAAUUUCAACGUAGUCAAUUCCUCGUACGAGAUACGUAAAUGGGAUAUAACAGUAAUGCCAAAUCAGUUUGGAUAGAACAUUAAUGCGGUCGUACAAUUUUUUUUAUCUACAACUCGUAGAAAACUAUUCCACUAUUUUUUUUGUUUAUUGCAUUAAACUAACAGUUCCUCGUUAUCUUUUUUCUUGCUGCAAGAAACGUCGUACAGACGUCCUACGUAACCCUCGCAUAUUUAAUUCAUCAUUUUAUUUUGUUUAAGGUCGAUUUCAAUUUAAGCUUCAGAUUUAUGUAUGAGCAUAUAUUUUUUUUUGAGUUUUGGCAGAAUAUACUUCAAAGUUUCAUAAAAUAACGUCGCUUGUUAUUUCUCAGGCUUAUCAAACAAUAGAAGACCAAAUUACUGCCAAUUUUAAGAUUAUAGGUAUAUAUAUAUAACUCUUCAUAGUAGAAACGAACUUUAGGCAGGAACAGUUCUUGAACUGUAAAUUCACGUCCAUUUUACGCUGUUAAAAAUCAUCUGUCUCAUUAAAAGCACAGAUCAUCCGUUCCAAUUGAGUUAAACGCAGGAAUUGAAAUUUGAAGUAUUACUUUUUUAAGAGUAAACGUAUUUUUUGGGGGAAUAUUCGCCAAAGGGAAUGUGAAUCACUGUACGUACGGUAUAUACAGGCAAAUUAUGUUAAAUGAUCUUAAGUCUUAAAAAAUCUUUUCAAAAAAAUUCGGUGGUAAUGGCCGUUAUUGUUAUAUCAGAAGUACAAAGGAUUCGUGUAUUUUUAAAUAUUUUCUUUACCACGAAUAUCUGAAGGAUGACUUAAUUAUAGAUUUUACAUUCAGAUAUUUACGCAAAAAUGGCGCAAUAGUCACCAUCAGUGGUACUUAAAACAGUAUUCUGAGUUUAUUGUUCUUUCAAAUAUUAAUCUUAUCAUAGUUCUUAUCAGUUUCAUACGAAAACUAAUAUAUUUUUUUUAUUUUUUGUCACGUACAUUCUAUCCAAUAUGCAUAUACCAUAAUUGAUUAUGGUUGAAUUUCGUUUUCAAAAAAUACUUAACGACAGACAUAUUCAAGAAUAAUGGAAUAUGGGUGGAACAUCAUAUUUGCAGAAAAUCCUUCUUCGAGGAUAAAAAAAGAAGCACGAACCCUCAAAAUAUUAUCUAUUUUGUAAUUACCCUGUAAUUCUUUUCAUUAUUCCAAGUACAAGACUGUUUUCUUAAGUAUAAAUAACGGAUUUGAGCCACGACAUACUUAAUAGCGUUAAAGUUGACAGAGGAACACGUAACAUUGUUGUUCUUUUUAGUUUUUUUAUUUUCUUGAUACUUGACUGUAACGUGCUGUCCCCACGUAUUAUACAAAAUAUUUCUAACCGAUGGACUAAUGCUGAAAACGUGUAUUGACAGGUGCUUCUUAUAAUAAUUUUGUGACUUGAUUUAAUUGGUGUUAUUAACAAAAUAAGUGAUUUGAUAUUAUUUACGUUCUUGAGAUGCUAACUUGUAUUUAUUAAAAGAAGUUAACUAACAUAUUCUUAACAAAGAAAAGAAGUGUCUCUUUUUUGUGUGUUGUUUUAAUUGCUUCUCUUGAAUUCUUAACAAAAACACGUUUGGAGGAAAACGCAUUUAUUAGUAGGAUAUUCUAGAACACUUUGUAAUACGUUUUAUCGUGCCUUAGUGUGAUUGGUAUAGUCACUUGUUAUACAUUCCAUUGUGUGUUGGUAUUUUUUUUGUGUCUUUCAUCUUGUUACUGUUUUCUUUUAAUGUAUUGAAACAUUUUGCUAAGUACUCUCGCACAGAAAUGCGCGCCUAUACUUGCCUUGAUUAUUGAUGAUUGCUGUGAAACUUCUAUAAAGUGAUGGUUAGGUCUUGCACGUUUUACGCCAUUUUUCUGCAACGACAGAAUCUGCUUUUCCUGCUGUUGCAGUCGAAUGGACGAUAUUUCUGAAAAUUGUGUAUUCACUGAGGGUCACAAAAUUUCCAAUGUCAGAUUGCUUAUUGAAUACUUUAAAAUAUUAGAAAUUAACUGAGAUCACAACGGUUCCAGCAGUCGUUAAUCAUUUUGUGUGUUGUUCAAGUUUUGUUAAAUCUUUCCUAAAACAAAGUAAUGUAAAACGUUUAAAUAUUUGUUCAAGUUAUACAGCCAAAGUUAUAUUAAAUUUAUAAACGAAACGAGUAUCGUGUAUUGUAAACUAAUUAAUGUUGGAUACGUGUAGUUUCUCGAGACCAUGAUAAAUCUAAACCGAAUGUUACCUGUAGAAACUUGAAAUCGUUAAUAUUCAAAAUUGUGAAAAAUUGUUACUAGCCGAGUAAAUCAGAUUAAUCAUUCAGUAAUUAUAAAGUUUAUUGGUAGAAAUCUUUCAAGAGCCAGCAAGGUUAUAACCGUUUUCUUAAACCUUGCCAAGUUACAGUUUUAUUAAUUGACGUAUCAUAAAUGCAUUACAGAAAAGCAUAGUAAGUUAUUUAUAUCCAGUAUGGUUUAGAAUAAUCAUAAUUAAUUAAGAAAUAUUAUACCUGUUAAAUAUACAAUUUUUUUUAUCCGUUUAAGUCAUAAAACAUUCGUUAAAAGUAGUGUGCGUACAUACAAUUUCGUAUGUAAGAUACGUAGCUGGUAAUAAUCGUGAGAAGAGAAACAAAAAAGAAAUCCUACAAUUAUUCAAUACCGCGUACGUCGCUACGAAUUACUCUGCAUUCCAUCACAAUAUCAUAUCUUGUGUCGAUCAAACAAUUUCUCGUUGUACUGUCAUUCCUGCUCAACUCUCAUUUUGUACGACAUACAUUAAUUGCGUACGGCAAUGUCAUAAACAUCACAGUUAACUAAUAGGACGUAGUAAUCACCUGUAGUUAUAAAAAAAGAUUAUGCGAAACUUGAAACGAGAAUACACCGAUAACACAGUCAAUUGACAGGUUCGCUACAAUGGUGCAUAAAUAUUACCCAAAUACAGUAUAACAAUAAUAUAGUAUAAAGAAGAUCGUAUAACGGAAUGAUUAGAAGAAGAAAAAAAAACAAGUUCGAAUUUCCUAACAGAGUACAGACACUUUGCGAGCGUUAAAAUUCAGAGUGUCCAUUAACUUAAGAUAUCCGUAUAUUGUGUAAUGUAUUUGCUUUGUCAUAUUUGUGUGAAAUUGUAGCAGGGCACACCUCUGCCUCCCUCUUCUAGGACGAGGGUGAAUCCAGAGGACUGACUCCCGGUUCACAUUUAAACACGAAUACAAUUAUUAUUUUCGUUUCGACGUUCACGACGCGAUUGCAACUACCAACGCUGUAUAUAUAUUACAGCACGAAGCGUUUACGAUAGUGAGGAUUAUUACACCUAACGUUACUGUUUCAAACAGAUAGUAUUGUUAUAUGAACAUUGUUGUAAAAUGUGUGUGCAAACCUGAGAACCUUAUCGCAUUCCAUACGAGUAUUGUAAUACAAAAAAUAAAGGAUAAACAAUAA